AUGACAAGUGUAUACGAGGCGACCACUCUACCUGAGCUCGACAAGAAACCGUCUGCCGAUGCUGAGAAAGCCAACUUCACAGAGAAAGUUGAACCUGUCGAUUCCAGCAACGACUCGGAUCUGGGACUAGAGCCGAAGGAUGAGGCGGUUAUCGAGCGUGCCGAGGAUGUCGCUGUUCAGGUCAUAUCCACUCGAGACGAUCCGGACCUUCCUAUCGUUACCUUCAGGGCCAUAUUUUUGGGCGUUGGUCUCAGCGCGUUCUCUUCCGUCCUCGCGACCAUCUACACGUUCAAACCUCAGAAUGCAAGUGUGUCGCAGCUGUUCUGCCUUAUCAUCGCUUAUGUUCUGGGUACCGGCAUGGCUGGAUUGAUUCCCAGCACGGGUUAUUGGCGGUAUUUGAAUCCUGGUCCAUUCAACAUCAAAGAGCACACUGCUAUCGUUAUCAUGGCUUCUACGGCGUCGAACAUAGCCUUAGCCAUGGAGAAUAUUGCCGCCAUGGAUCUCUUUUAUGACCUUCAUAUGAACGGUGCUGUGGCAAUCUUCCAAAUCUUUUCAACCCAGAUGAUAGGUUAUGGCAUUGCCGGACUUCUGCGGACACUCCUCGUUUAUCCGACCUACGCAUUCUACCCGUCCUACAUCUCGGUGGUGAACCUGUUACAAAGUUUACACUUUAGUGGAACGCUGAAUGCGAAGAAGCGAAAGUUCUUCUGGAUCGUUUUUGCUGCUAUCUUCUUCUGGGAAUGGAUUCCUCAAUACCCCUUCCCCCUUCUCACCGCUAUCUCGAUUAUAUGUCUUGCAGAUAACGGACGACACGAAUUUGUACGAAACCUCUUCGGGGCAGGAUCUAGUAACGAGGGCAUCGGCUUUUUCUCUUUCGGUCUUUCAUGGACUUUGAUCACUCAAGGUUACCCGCUGGUUUGGCCUCUCCAGACACUCGGCAUGCUGCUGGGAUACAUCGUCCUGACGGCAAGUUAUUACACGAACGUCUUCAAUGGACGUGAUAUCCUUUGGAUGUCUACUUCUCUCUUUGGCAAGGACGGAGAAACAUAUGAUCAAUCCGCUGUUAUCGACUCGAACUACCACCUUAAUGCCACUGCAAUUGCGGAAGUUGGCCUCCCGCGUUACACGACAACGUACGCUAUUAGUCAAUUGUGUUACAACCUCUCACUUGGGAGUGCGGUAACCUAUGUGUUGCUUUGGCAUUGGCGGGAGUUGAGGGCCGCCUUCGGUGGACUCAGGUUCCUGAAGAGGGGACAUGCAGAUAUAGAUGACCCGCAUUAUAACGAGGAGGUCCCGCAAUGGGUUUACGCGGCGUUGUUUGUUGUUUCCCUCGGGGUCGCUAUUGGCACAUCAUAUGCUGGUCCUGGAGGAUAUGUCUUGAUUCCAGCUUGGAGUAUCAUCUUCUUCACAGUCUUUAGUUUCUUCAUGGCAACCCUCUUGGGAUUCAUCACGGCUACUACUGGAUUCAACAUCUCGUUGAAGUACGCGGUGCAGAUUAUAGCUGCUUUCAUUCAUCCUGGCGAGCCGAUAACCGUCAUGUACGCCAACUUGUUCGGAAACAGCUCUGCAUGGCAGACACUAUAUAUGUUGCAAGAUCUUAAAUUGGGACAGUACACGAAGCUGCCGCCAAGAAUCACCUUCGCUGCCCAAAUGGCCGGAUCCAUCAUCGGAUCGGUAUUUAACUACACAAUGAUGAAUACGAUUGUAACGAAUAACAGAGAUGUGUUGAAAGAUCCCACUGGGACACGUGUGUGGAGCGGAUGGAAUAUCCAAUCGGUCAAUUCUGCUUCUGUGGCAAUGGGUGCUUUAGGUAAAGAGCUCUUCACCUACGGAAAGGAAUCUGGAUAUUGGAUCAUUCCGUUUGGCAUGUUUAUUGGUCUAUUUUGUCCGAUCCCGUUCUGGGUAAUACACCGAUACUCGAAACCAGAAAGCGCAUUGGCAAAGACGAUGAAGUACAUCAACGUCCCCAUCAUUACUUUAUACAUAGGAUAUCUCCCAUACUCCGUCAACGGCCAGUGGUGGUCUUGUUUCGUGAUUGGUUUCUUCUCGCAGUGGUGGCUAAGGAAGCACAGACCCGGCUGGUUCAAGAAAUACAACUACCUGACGUCUGCAGCCCUGGACGGGGGAAGUCAAGUCAUCCUGUUCAUCCUCAGUUUUGCAGUCUUUGGUGCCAGCAACAAAGCGGUGGACUUCCCGUACUGGUGGGGUAAUCCAGAGAAUUUGUCUGUAGAUAGGUGCAUGUCGACAUGA